CUUUGAGAGUGGGUGCUCUCCUCCCAUUUGUGGCUCACGUCCUCAGGGUAUGUUCCUACACCUCACGCAAGCUAAUUGAGACCCUGUAGGUGAACGUGCUCCAUGGAGACAUACUCACUCCUGAGAGUCAUCGGUGAAGGAUCUUUCGGCCGGGCUUUGUUAGUGCAGUGUAAAAGCAGUCAGGAGAAGUAUGUGGUCAAGGAAAUCCAGCUGCCAAAGAAUCGGUCCAAACUGGAGAAUUCAAGGAGAGAAGCCAUCCUGCUGUCAAGAAUGAAACAUCCUAAUAUCGUGGCCUUCAGAGAGGCGUUCGAAGCUGAUGACCUCCUGUAUAUUGUUAUGGAGUACUGCAAUGGAGGAGACCUGCUCCAGCGGAUCCGCCAACAGAAAACUACGCAGUUCUGUGUGGAUGAUAUCUUGAGGUGGUUUGCUCAAAUGUGUGCAGGUGCAAAGCAUAUCCACGAUAAACGGGUUUUGCACAGAGAUCUGAAGUCCAAGAACAUUUUCCUGACUGAUAAUGGGACAAUCAAGCUCGGGGACUUUGGCUCAGCGUGUAUUCUGAACAGCUCAAAAGCUUACGCUCAUACAUAUGUUGGGACACCAUAUUACGUGGCUCCAGAAAUCUGGGACAACAAGCCCUACAACAAUAAGAGUGAUGUGUGGUCUUUGGGAUGCGUCCUCUAUGAGCUCUGCACCCUGCGACACCCGUUCCAGGCAUCCAGCUGGAAAAGCCUGAUUCUUAAGGUGUGUCGGGGCGCAUACCCGCCCCUCCCCAAACACCUGCCCUAUGAGCUGCAGUAUCUGGUCAAGCAGAUGUUUAAGACAAACCCCAAAGACAGGCCGUCCCUGCAAACCAUCCUGACCUCUCACCGGGUUUCCAAACUCCUGCGUUCACAUUUUCCCUCUCAGGUGAUGGAGAUGGAGGAGCAGGGGAGGCGUACGGGUCGAUGGAACAGAGGAGAGGGGAAGAAGGUGGUUGAUCUUCUGGGAGAGAAGACUUUAAUAAAAACGUCAACAUUUGAAGGCACAGAGUUAACAGAGGGUCACUGUGAAAACAGAGAGCCCGGCCAUCGAAAGCAGUGGGCCGCUGCGCCUUCAGACACUGUGCUGCAGGCGUUGGCCAAUGCCAGCAUCAUCUCAUCUGACAGCAUGGCAUCCACCAGCCAGGCCCUCACAGGUGUGUCAGAGGAGCCAGAGGACAGCAGGCGGAGGAGACAAUGGGAGAAAGAUCCUCCCGAGAGGCUGCUGAGUCUGCUGGAGAAGGCCCAGCUAAGCAGAGCCUUCAGCACCUUCGUAAUAAACAGAGGUGACGACCUGCUGAUGGGACCCCUCUCCCAGGGGCAGGGUGACGACACUGACGGUCCUGAGCCAGAGGUGGUUGUAGACGAGGACCGGCUAGAGCCGCGCUCUGAUGAUGAGGACACAGACUUUGAAGAAGAGUCUCCAUGUGACUGGAUAGAAGAAGCUGAAAAAAUGUUUUCAGAACACUAAAGCCUCAUCCUCCUCAACCUACACAAUCAUGAGGCUGCCAUUGUUAAUGUAUACUGUACAUUUGUUUAAAACACUAACAGUUUACAUGUGCCAAAAUCAUUUCACUUGAACAAUGUCUUAUUAAUGAGGACCUUUUUUUUUAUAUAACAGGUAAUAUCAAAGAUGACAAACAUCAGGUUAAGCUCACAUAGUAACAGUUAGACACUCAGUCUUUUUUAUCUUAUAUCAUUUUAUAUUCUUUCAAGCUCUGGUCUGAUUUUUGUGAAUUUGAUCACUGUUGCAAGAAAACACUAAAAUUUGAAUUGAAUAUUGUCCAACUUGCUAUUGUUGCUACUUUUUUUUUUUUUUUUUUUUUUUUUUUUUUUUUAUACAUAAAGAUGCUGAGCUGUGACUGUGAUGAAUCUGCCGGGAACUGUUCAGGUUAACAGUGAUAAUAUUCCCAGUGGCUCGAGGCCGUCUGGAAGCUCCUGUUUGGCUGGUCGGGGGAGGCAGGAAAUAUUAUAGACUCAAAGCAGCUGGGUCUUCAUGGGGUCAACCCCCCCCCCCCAACCUUUUGAUGUCUAUUUCCUGUGCAAUAUCAAAAGUAGACUAAACAUGUUCAGUCGUUGGUAUUCUUUGUGUUUUAUUCUUUUGGUGAGACACUAACAAACUAUACAUCUGGCCCACUUCAGCUUCUGUGUUGUUUUUAAUUUGCUGUGACCACAACGGUGCAGACACACAGAGAUGAGGGUGAUGGUUGUUCCUACAGUGAAUGCUGAUUGUAAACCACUAGGUGGAGUUGAAAACACUGAUGUGAACCUUGCAGAGUGGGGAGGAGUGUGAAAAGCUCCACUCUGGUUUAGAUACAAUUAAACCUGAACCAGAAUAUCUUUUUGAUAUUAAAUGUCAGAUGCAAUCAGAUGAGUCUGUGACUGCCUGCCCUGCUUAUGUGAAUUUGAGAGACCAUGUUGUGGGCAUCAUAAAGACCUUUAGUAUGAGGGACCAAGUAGAGCCUGCUAUGCUCUUUGUUUUGCCAAAUUAAAAUCUCGAUAUGAAAUAAGA